AUGUUUGCAUGGCAUAUGUAGAAUAACCUAUUGUUUGUUGCAGCGAGCAAGCCAUUCUCCCGAGCCCGGAGCCCAUCACUGUGCAGGACCCAAGGAUGAUGCUGUAUCUGGUCAACGACUUCUUCAUUCCUGCAAGCUCUACGCCUGAUCCCUCGUCCCAGUCCGUGAUCGGUAAUUUUUCGCAGCUUGAUCCCUCGUCCCAGUCCAUGAUCGGUUCUGUGAACUAUGUUGCUGUGUGGCCACAAGCAGGAGGGCCUUUCCCUGCGUCUUCAGGCCUUACCACAUUGGGCCAACCUAGCGUAUCCCAACAACAAAAGUGUGCGACACCCAUGGGUUCUGUCUUGAUGAAGCCCAUGAAUGCUGUGGGUGCUUCUUGUUGGUCUCAUUCGUGCUGCGGCUGGUGCUAAGCAGCCAUAUGCAGCCGCAGCAGCAGGUCUACAACAGCUCCUCCAUCACUGUUACAUCCCCAGCCAAUCUCUCCUCAUCACUACAAUGUAAUACGAACCUCUCCCCGAAUCUGGCAUCUUCAAUUCACUCGUCCCCCGUUAACAUUCUGCCGUGCUCGUUAAUUGCUUCAUCUUGCACGUCCAGCUUC